AUUCAAAUUCAGUGCUAGAAAUGCUUUACAGUAUUUAUUAACCCACUGCACUGUCCUGUACCUAGGCUAAACGGAAACGCUUUAUGCUAAUCCAUUGACGACAUCCGGUUGUAUCCAUAGUGAUGGCAUUCCCUAUCCUAGAUGUCGGCUGUAUCAAUUGUAUUGUAAACUAGUUGCAUGGUACUUUGAAAUGCAUUAAAGUGCGUUAUGCUGUGUAGACAAUAUAAACAUCCUGACUGAUCCCAAUGCAACAUUGGGUAUACGUUAUAAUUGAAUGCAAAAACGAUUUAGUUUGAAUCAGUUACGAGAAUGUUCACCGACGAGACAUUGGACUGUGUAGGAAUCGAGUCGCUUUGGAGAAAAUCCCAACAGUUAACACAGCAUUCGAGAGGAUGCCAAACCAAAGCCGUGAGCAGUGCCGAAGCCGAAGUCCAGACUGUCCACCCUACAGUCAACAGCAGCCAGACCGAUCCACAGGACCAGCUCACAGAGCAUCUUCUCACAUACCUCACGCAACAAGAGGCUGAACCGCCAGGUCUGAAGGACUUCCUCGACCGAGUAGAGGCUAUGGUCAUCAGAGAGUUGGCCAAAAAUGCCAAAAGUCAUGCAUUCGAUGGAUACCAAGUGAAUUGGGAAGAAGAAACUCAGUUGGUUUCGUGCCUACACUGCCUCCAGGAUCCUAGUGCUCAGGAGAAAGGCCUUCAUGUUACAAGCGUAUCGUGGAACUGUACCGGUUCUGUGGUUGCCUGUGCUUAUGGACGUAUUGACGACGGGGACUGGAGCACGGAGGCGUCCUAUGUUUGCACGUGGAACGUGGACCGGCGAGGCCUGAACCCAAAACAACCCGAUCUGGUCAUAGACGUCGGCACGGCCGUCAUGGCGAUCUCCUUUCACCCCUCGCGGCCCUCCCUCAUCGCAGGAGGUCUGUACAGUGGCGAUGUGGUGGUCUGGGACACCAGUAAGAGUCAGGACUCUUUAAUGGCUCAAACUGGGAUGUCUGCUCAAAGUCACCGGGAACCAGUCUAUCAGGUCGCGUGGGUGCCCCAGGAGAAGAGAGGGGAGUUCGGGGUGCUGAGUGCCUGUUCGGGAGGCAGGGUGCUGCUGUGGACCCUGGAUCCGGACCCCGGGACGCUGGUUCUUCAGGCAGGCUAUGCCCUGAUCACACAACAAGUACCGCAAAGCAGCAGUUCACACACCAAGGCCAGGGGCAGCAGCCACGUGGGCAUCACCUCCCUGGCCCUGGCCCCCUGGGACCCCGACACCUUCCUGGUGGGCUCGGAGGGGGGGCUGCUGCUCAGGUGCUCCUUCUCCUCCCAGACACCGGCCGCCGUGCCCCCCUCCCUGGACCAGGGCCCCGGCCUGGCCCUCAAGGCCCCCGCUGUGUUCUCCUUCAGGCCCCGCCGCAGCCCCAUCCACGCCGUUAGCUGUUCCCCUUUCCACAGGAACCUGUUCCUGAGCGUGGGGACGGACGGCCUGGCCCACCUCCACUCCCUCCUGCAGGCCGGCCCCCUGCAGUCCCUCCGUGUGGCCGACGCCUACGUGUUCGACGUGAGCUGGUCCCCCACCAGACCCCUGGUGUUCGCUGCUGCCACCGGUCAAGGCGUGGUGCAGAUCUUCGACCUGGGCCGGACGUCCAUGCGGCCGGCGGCCACCAUCGGGCAGAGCGCCGGGGGCGCGGCCGCCACGUGCCUGGCCUUCAACGCCACCCACACCGGCCUGCUGGCGGUGGGCAGCAUGGACGGCACGCUGAACGUCUGGCACCUCAGCUCCGACCUCACCCAGCAGGGCCCCCGGGAGAUGGCCCAGCUGGAGCGGCUGGCCAAUGAGGUGGCAGGAUGAGCCGACGUUUCCCUGGCGACCGCGUUAUCAUUGGCACUUUGUAUUCGACACUUUUGGAGCAUUUAUUUAUUGCUGUGUAUCUCAGUCUCAUUGAUUUAUUUUUGUUCAUUAAAACUUUUUAUGGAA